AGCCGCACUAGUGUUCGUAUAUAAAUAUCGCAAGAAUUAAUCGCGCGAUUCUCUGGAAUUUCAGCAGCGCAAAGGAGGUUUAGAGAAAUGGUUUCGCUCAAGCUUCAGAAGCGGCUUGCCGCUAGUGUUCUCAAGUGCGGCAGAGUGAAGGUCUGGCUGGAUCCUAAUGAAGUCAAUGAAAUCUCUAUGGCGAAUUCUCGUCAAAACGUUAGGAAGUUGGUGAAAGAUGGGUUCAUUAUCAGGAAACCAACAAAGAUUCACUCUCGUUCCCGUGCUCGCCGAAUGAAGGAGGCUAAGAGGAAGGGACGUCACUCAGGAUACGGUAAGCGUAAGGGUACCAGGGAGGCUAGAUUACCCACCAAGAUUCUCUGGAUGAGGAGGAUGCGUGUCCUGAGGAGAUUACUCCGCAAGUACAGGGAAUCCAAAAAGAUCGACAAACACAUGUACCAUGACAUGUACAUGAAGGUGAAGGGUAAUGUUUUCAAGAACAAACGUGUGUUGAUGGAGAGCAUCCACAAAUCAAAGGCUGAGAAGGCAAGAGAGAAGACAUUAUCCGAUCAAUUUGAGGCAAAGAGAGCAAAGAACAAGGCUAGUAGGGAAAGAAAGUUUGCCAGAAGAGAGGAACGGUUAGCCCAGGGUCCUGGAGAAAAACCAGCCGCCGCUGCCCCAGUUGCUGCGUCUCAACCCACUCAGGUAUCAAAAAAAGCAAAGAAGUGAACUUUUGAUUGUUCGUAGAUCCUCGACUACUGUACUGGUUUUGACCACUUUUGUUGUUUUUCUUGUCUUGGACAAAUUUCCUUGUUAUCAAAAUCCCAGACGAAUAGAGAUUUACAUCUAUAAUUUUUCUAAUUUAUCAAUCGUUCCAUCUUUGGGUUCUUUUUAUUC